ACACCACCCCCGCGGUUCUAGGGCUUUCGGGAAGUUAUCAAGCACGAGCACACUAAAUUCCCAGACAAAUUGAUGAUAACUCCUCCCUGAAACCCUAAAUCUUAGCUCUUCAAUUCAAUUCUGUGCAAGGAAGGUCUGUUAUGGCAGACACAAUCAUUGCCUCUGAGAAUCCAUCCCUUUCGUCGCCAUUGAAUCCCUCAAACCGCAUAAUCUGCCGAGUGUGUCAAAAGCAGUUUUCACAGUACACUUGCCCUAGAUGCAAUUCCCGGUAUUGUUCACUUCAGUGUUACAAGUCUCAUAGUCUUCGAUGCACGGAAUCCUUCAUGCGAGAAAAUGUAGUGGAGGAGCUGGGGCAGAUGCAACCAGAUGAUGAAACCAAACAUAAAAUGUUGGACAUACUCAAACGGUUCCAUUCAGAAGAGGACAUGGAUAGCAUGGAUGAGGAUGAUUCAGGUCUGUCUGAGGAGACGAUUCAGAAAAUUUUAUCUGGAUGUCAAGUCAGCUUUGACGAUUUAUCUCCCAAUGAAAAGAGACUAUUCCAAAGAGCUGUGGCAUCUGGAGAACUGAGCAAGAUGAUUGAACCCUGGGUUCCAUGGUGGUUGAAGCCUGCUGCUAGAACGCUAUCUCUCAGCCAGGAAGGAACUCAACUUGUCCAACCACUCAUCAAGCAAGAAACAUCAGUAUCAUCGGAAGAUGACCCAGAAAGUAAUCAAGCAAAUGAGAUCCCUCCUGGCCCUGAAACCCCAUUACCCCCUGUUAGCAAGCUUAUUGCCACAGAGCCAUCCCCGCUUUUAACUGUUCACCUGGUUGACAUUCUAUACAGCUACUGUUUCACCCUCCGCAUCUACAAUGGAGAUUGGCGAUCAGAUGCAUUAGGAUCAGCCAUGGUGUUAUUGAGCAUAUCAUCUGUCUUGGGUCAAGCUGGGCUGCCUGAAACCAUAUUGGAAGCUGUGUCUCAUUGCUUGGAGCAGACAUGCUCUCCUGCUUACAGACACCUUGGUGGCCUGCAAUUUGGACUGGGACUCCUCGAUGAUGUGAUAACUCUACUCUCCCUUGGGAGCCCUGCUCUAGUCUGCUCCCUUUGUGAUCUGCAGAGGCUGAUCCAGGCUGGGGAAAGGGAGCUGAAGCUAGGAAAGCCGAGAAAGUCGAAAAGGCCAGAUAUAAGAAGUAAGCUGAAGCUUGCAGAGAGGAAGAUAUACUUCAUUAUGUGCUGGGUCCAUGAGCAGCCAGAUGAAGCCUGGUCUUCCUUGGCAGCCAUUGUAAAGACCGAGAAGGGUUCAACAAUGGACUUUGCAGCCAGUCAAAGGUCUGUCAAAAUGGAAGAUAAAUCAAAAUCCAGAGGCAAGAUUCUCAUCGAGGAGGUUCAAUGAGUCAUCAUUUUUCUAUACUUUCCCCCUUUUGGGUUUAAGAUUUUGUUAUGAUAGUACAAUGUAUAAUUCUGAAUCUGUUGUAUAUAUUAAGGAUUAGUUUUGAUAAUGAUGCUGAGAUUCAAGUCGUUA